UUGAUGCGAAGUAGUGUUCGUGACUGUGACAACGGAGACGAUUAUUUGACUGUCCCUGUGCUGUGAUGUGAUACAGUUCAGCCAGCAGCGGUGUGUGCCAGUCAGCAGUCUAAUGGAGCGUUUCGGAUGUAGUACACAUACGGUCUAAUUAGCGAGUGGUUUCCUCGGACGGAACACACCAGUUUGCCAGCGGGCUUUACCGUCCGAACCUCGAAGACACAAAGUAGGCAGAUUCGAUUGAACGUUCCCCGUGGAAAAUGGUGAUUUUUCGAAUGGAUGAAUAACUCUGGAUGAAAGUUUUACGAUAUUCCAUUGAUUUUUCAUAUCGUGCUAUUUGGAUUGUGCAGCCGGUCACUGUGUAGCAGUUUAGUUAGGUUGUGGAAGAAAUAUGUGUUGUUCCUGAAGCAAAGAUCAAAUUUCAAUCAAAGUGGAGCAAACUAUGCUGUCGUUUUCGAAAGCAGCAAAAAAUUAGCCAUCGUGUGAAGAAAAAUCUCCUUUCAUUCCGUUAGACCGAUUACAUUCAACAAACGAGUCUGUGACAACCUGUCGAAAAAUGUCCCCAGCAUUCCUGGCGGUGAUCGCCGUUAUCUUAUGCAUUUUAUUCCGUCUUCUGAAUGUUAACAGUCAACCACAGAUUCCGCAUCUACUUUGCUGUGAUGGCCAGUUCAUGGAGUGCUUCAACAAAAUCGCCCCGAUGCUGCGAGAUCCAUACAUUCCAACGCGCUUGUGGGGAUUCAGUGGGCACAUCCAAACAAUCAUUCACAGCAUCGUGGGCCGGGUAAAAUGUCCUUGGCCUUUGGGCGAGCGGGUCUAUCUGGCGCUGGCGGACGGUUCAACGCUCACCUACGACCUGUAUCAACCGCUGAUAACCACCGUUGAAGACGACAUCACAGUUGCUAUAUGUCCUGGAAUAGGUAACUCUUCCGAGUCGGUGUAUAUCCGUACGUUCGUUCACUACGCACAAUGUCACGGCUACCGUUGUGCCGUGUUAAAUCAUAUCGGUGUUCUGGAUAGUGUUCAAGUAACGUCUAGUCGCAUUUUCACAUACGGCCACACGGACGAUUACUCGGAGAUGAUUAACAGCCUGGUGAAAAAGUAUCCCACAACCAACAUCGUUUCCGUCGGUUUCUCACUGGGUGGUAAUUUAAUUUCCAAGUAUCUGGGCGAAUCAGUGCGACCGAAAAACAUAAUCGGAGGCGUUUCCAUUUGCCAGGGAUACAAUGCUGUCAUAGGUACACAAUGGUUGCUCAAAUGGCAAAAUUUCCACCGCUUCUAUUUGUACGUUUUGACGGAAAAUGUAAAAAGCAUAAUUAUGAAGCACCGGCACGUGCUACUGGCAGACGACAUUAAGCAGCGACAUAUGCUGAACGAGCGAGACAUUGCGGCGGCGGCCACGCUGCCCGAGCUGGAUGAGGCUUACACGCGACGGGUUCACAAUUUCAAGACUGUGAAAGACAUGUACAGUUGGAGCAGUUCGAUUAACUAUCUUGCCAAUAUCAAACGACCGAUGGUAUUCGUUAACGCUAGAGACGAUCCGCUAGUUCCGGAUAUUUUGCUGGAUCCGGUCAAGGAAUUUGCUACUACGCACAAUCGCACUCUUUACAUCGAGCUGGCAAACGGCGGUCAUCUAGGUUUCUACGAGGGUGGUUUGAUCUACCCGAAUCCCGUGACCUGGCUUGAUAGGGCUUUGGUAGCACUGAUCGGUGGCAUUGUAAUGUCGCACAAUGAUCUGCUAGUGGCGAAACAAAGUGCAGCCAUAAUUUAAGAUACGCUAUCAUUCCCCUCGCCAGCAUCCAGCUACUAUAAUAACAACAACAACAACUACAACUAUUCCAGAAGCAACGGCAUCAUCGGAUGGUGCCGCCAGUGGCUAUCGCCUCUGGUGGCUAUACCGUCGACACCUUCUAUCCAUGGUGUGCUAAUUGCGUUGUUUAAACUACUGCUGUCUACCAUAUUCCGGCGAAAGACCGAAUUCAUUCCUGCCGGAUCCUCCACUGUGUCGACCCCAUCUCCAACGACAGGUUAGAUUUAUGUUCCAUUUUUUUAACAUCUUUUAAAAACUCGGCGGAUCUAUUUGGCGAAGGGAAUGAUGAAACAAAUCAAGGAUUUUUCAAUACAGAAUAAUAUAAUUAAAAUGGUUUUAUCGCACUAUUAUAAAAGGUAGGUCCUCGGUAGGACCUCGACGGACGCAACGUCGCUAAAUUUUAUUUCGCGUGCACUCUGUUAAUUUUCCUAAAUUUCGAAACCAGUGUUUGCAGUCUGGUUUAAUUGCUGCUUUUUAAACAAUAAUUUAAUGACAUGUAUUCUAAGUUUCUUGCUCGUAUGCUGAAUAAAUAAACGGUAAUAAACCUUAUGCCAGAUGGAAGGUUUCAAAAAACAGCAAGUAAAAAUUUAGAUUGUGAUAAAAAGUAAUUUAUCGAAUAACUUAUAAGGCAGCCGAUUCUCUUUUCAAUGACAAAAAAAUUGUGAAUAAGUUAACACCAUUCUACUGUAACGCGCCUUACAGUAACCGCAGCAGUAAUUAUUACAUAUACAUAUAUGCAUAUAUUCGUGACCUAGUCCGAUUCUUGUGUGCGUGUGUAAGCGUUAAGUGUAAUUGAUCUGGCACAAAGCAAUGUGAUCUUAAAAUUCCGCUACUUCACAGUUACAGAGUACAAAAAAAUGGUACGAAAAAAAAUCGAAUCACCUAAACUCUGUCGCCAAUUGAUUUGAUGGUUAACAAAAUGGUAAAGCGAUGCACGAAAAUUAUCGGAAAGUCAAUAGUUUAAUAUGAUUUACUUUCUUCCAAACUCUGUGAGCAUGCAGUCAGUUUUUUUUUCGUUUAAAGUGGAUUAAAAACGACUCAUUUUGUUCAUUCGAUUAACUUUUUCGGUAUCAAUUAUGGUGCUUUUAAAGGUACAAAUUAUAAGACAAUAAUAAGGCAUGCAUGCACAAUUCAAAUACGGUUUAUGGCCCUAAUUCCGUGCCAUCUCGUGCACAUUUGAAAAACAUUUUCUAAUAUUCUUGUGUUUCCAUUGCUUAACAAUUUAAAAUAUUAUAAGCUAUAAAAAGCGAACGAAAACAGCAUUUGCUAAUAAUGUUGUGUCCCACAUUGCCAAGCCAAAGUUUGAAUUCACGAGAUAGAAGAACCUCCAAAACUGCCAUCAUUUUGAAAGGAAAGCAAAAACACGUGAUUCAAAAUACAAUCCAUAAUAAAAUAGCGACGCUCGGUUCAGCGCGCUCGGAAUUGGGAAUCAACAUCGCGAUCAGAUUUUCUAAGAUUAGGGUUUAUUUUGACAUUUUUCUCCUGAAGCAUAUUAAAUAACUAGCAGAAUUUAAAAUUUGGGUGGCUGACAAUUCGGAAGACACUCAAUUAGGUACACGGAAUUACGGCCAAUCGCGGUAUUCGUGCUUAAAAUUACUGAUGGCAGAUGUUCCCAAUUGGUACACAAUAAACAGUCCUUUAAUACGCAGGACAGAAUGGCAGCUUUUUUUCUAAUUAUUUCACAGAAAACUGCCAAAUUACUAUUAUUUUUCCUUAGCUUCAAUUUGUUCUUGAAUCGUCAUUAACACCAGAAAACCUUUUUGAUUCCUUAGUCACAUCCAUGUCAUUGACAUGAAACCAGGACCACCGAUAUAUAUACACAUAAUUUUUUUCUUUCCAUGAAACGAAUACAAAUAUCUCGAAUAUUUAUAUCACGUUUAUCGUGAUGUAUAUCAUAAUUACUAUUUCUUGUUUUGUACUUUGUGUUAGCUGUUAGCUCACUCACGCGGUGUGUUCUUUUGAGCAAUUUAGCAUUUUUCCAACGCCAAAAAACGUAACUUGAAAUAUUGACUUAGUCGCUGUUCACUUCAAACGUAUAUUGAAAAAUACUGAUUAAAGUUAAUGUUGUUUUUCCAUGCUUUCAACAUUAGCCAACAAUCAUUCCAUAGAAAACUCGAGCACUGCUAUCAGGAAACACAAAAAAUGUUGCUGAUUGAGAGAGACGACACUAAACUCUCAAAACUAUGGAUGUGAAUUCACGUUACAAUCAUCGGUUUAUUACUUCACCGAUAUUUGAAUCUUUUUUGUUAGGAAUAUUCUUUUAAACUUUUGUUAUAAGUAUUUCAUCAAAAUGCUUCUCAAAUAUGUCUAUGUAUUAACCGAACUAUAUAUAGUAUAUCCGCCUGUCCCCUUAUCCGUUACUCUUAAGGAAUUAAAUUAGUCGUAUACUCAUAUCCAGUAAGCUUCAACAAUUGUUUGCCGGAGUUAAAUCAUCACACAACCAAAAAUGUAAUCGAAUGUUUCUAUACAAAAACUGAACUUCGAGGGUACUUCUGUCUGAUGUAGUAAGUAUUAUACCAAUUAUAGGACAACGUUUGGAUAGCAACAUAAGCCUUUUAUCGAAUUUGAAAAACGAUAUAAAUGUUUGGAUAACCAUUUACAACCCACUUAGGUGAAUCAAUACAAAACUUUAUGUAGCGCUGUACCAUAGGUAACAGAAAUUCGAUGUUUAUAUACCUAAUUGACUGUUGGUGUACGCCUGUUUAGUAAAACACUAACAAUAAAUCAAAAGUACGCGAAAUAGGAAUUUUAUAACAUUCCAGUAUUUGAUCAUUACACUGAAAAAAAAAACAAGUGUGUGAGUUGAGUCCACAGAAGCACAGACAUCAAACGCAAGUGGAAAAGUAUUGUUUUCAAAACGCACAUAGAGAAGUGACAUUUUACCAAAAAUGAUUCAGUUAGGUAAGCAUGUAGGACCGAAGAAAGAUGUUCCAAAAAGUAAAGGCAUUUUUGUACAACUAGCUUUUUAUGGAAUUGAGAUGGCAAAAAAAUAUUCUCAAAUAGUGACCAAUGAAGAAGUGCUAUAGUUUGAAUAAAGCAAUGACGAAUUGUGUAAAAAU